UACUGUUGUAUCCACAAAACAAGGUUAAACUAUCGAGCGAGUAACAUUGCUAACUUAACAUUUUAAAUUAACACUUAAAGGAUAUAUUGUUUUAUUUGUGUAAGACAGUGAUUGUAAAAAUGAGAAAUUACAAAAGGGAUAUGUCUGUUGAUUCGGAUGCUGACAUGUCAGGUGACGAGUGCAACUUUACAUUCCAAGAUUCGGUAUACCUUGCUGAACAAGAGGAUAGGCUUAUAAAAGGGUUGUUUGAAGCCGCACGUGUCCUUGAAAUGUGCCCUGACAUUGUUGAAACAUGCAUACUCCCAAGUGGUAAAAGUCAGGACAUAUCAACACACAUCCAACACAAGUUGAUUGAGGCCUACUGCUGGGAAAAUGACAUUCAGAUUGUCGAGCUAGAUCAUGCAGAAUUCCAGCAUACAAUCAAAGUGCAGCGUAACAAAUCCAUGGACUUGUCAACCAUCGAAUGUGUGCUUAUAACAUCUAAACCAGUUGAAGACGAACUUGAUGGAACAUGUACUGAGAUGGAUGAAAACUUUGGUUGAAUAUGCAGUCAUAAUCAUAAUGGAAUUAUCAUUUAAUGGGACCCACAUAUCCUAUUACACUGUAUGAGGCGAUGCUUUUAGAAAGUCGGAAGAUGACAAUGAAGAUAUCAGCCCAUAAAUACAGCGAAUUUGUUAUAAAAGUUCGUUACAUUGAGAGUUGAAAUGCCUAGAGGACAUGCAUGGAGUCAUGGACAUUUAAUUCAUUGAUCCAUUUCUAAAUGAUCCAAGUUGGUGCAUAAUGAUAGAUAGAAGUAUUAUGAGUUGAGGGAAUAUAUAUGAACUGGUCUACAUGAACAAUGUAACACGUUUGAAUGAGCUACAGUGUUGAAUACAAAGCUAUUCUUCAAUAGCCUUCUGGUGCCUGAAAUGAUGAAGAUUAACUCUUAGAUGAUUCACUAAUGAACAUACUUGAUUGAUUAGAGGAGUUUGUUUUGUUUCCAGACAAAUAAAUUACCAGGACAUUGCCAUUGAUAGAUAGAUAUAUUCAUUUGAUGUACAACUUCAAAAGCUUCGAUGGUUUAAUUAGUGUAACUUAGAAAAAAAUCGACAUUUACUACUUAAACUGAUUUGUAUUUUAAGACAUUUCAGGGAAAAAACAACUUUUGGAUCAUACAUGAUUUUUAUUAUUUGAGCCAAUCCUUUAUUCUACUGGACUACAUAAACAUCUGUGAUUAUGAAAUAAAUGAAAAGUAUUUUGCAACAA